UUGUCUCACGCCUCAAUCCGUUGAAUUGAGAGAGUCCGUUGAAUUGAGAGAAGAGAUGAGUCGGAAAUGGGUUUCUAAUCCGGCGUUAUCACCAUCCAAGCGACGCCGGUGACAACUUCGGCGAUAUAUGGUUCCUCAAUUGCAAACACCAAAUCGGAAAGUAAAGAAAUCGAUGAGUUUGGUUCAAAGACGCUUCAAUCUUGUCCCCAUGAUGAAACCUGCUCUCCCUGCUCUUGAACUACUUCUUCAUUCAAACGAUGAAGAAGUCGUAAAAAUUCUUGCUUGGCACUGUGACAUCUCUAAUGGUUCUGAAGAUGGUAUCCAAAGUUUGACUGAGUCUGACUUUGUCCAAUGUCUUCAGGAUCAGUUUGGCAGUCUGACAAGUAGUCGUGCACGAAUAGAAACAUCCAUACCUAGGAAGCACGGACCUGCAAUUGCUGGUUACGAAUCUGCUUUGAAGAAGUUCUUCGAGAAUGUUCUGCAGGCCUUUCUGAAACAUGUUGACUUCAGUGUCGUUCGCUGUGCAGUGAUCGCAAGUCCCGGCUUUACAAAAGGAUCAGUUUCAUCGCCACUUAUUGUUGGAAGCGGAAAGAAGACAGUUGUGGCUUUUAUCUCUGAUGAGAGCUUCUUGUCCAAUGCCGGAUCUAAGCUCCAAAGUAUGCGACAUUUUUGUGGAUCUUCCUGUCCAGAAUGUGUUGAUAUCUCAGUCAGAUCAGGAUUGGCCAAUGCAUAAGAUGAGGCUGAGAAGUUUUU